AUGGUUAUGAGGUCACUCAAGUUUUGGGCGUCCAGCCUUCUCUGCGCGACACUCCUUAGGGAAUGUCACGCUCAACAAUCUGAUGCCAACAUUGGCUCCGAGCUUGGUGGGAAGCUGUCAAGUGGUGCUAGCAUUUACUUCCCCGGAAGUGAUCUGUUCAAUAAUGCGACUGCGCGGUGGUCGCAGUGGGGCAAGCCGAAUAUUAGUGUUGUUGUGGAGGUUGCGAACAAGUGGGAUGUUGCUGAGACGGUGAAAUAUGCCACCAAGCACGAUGUACCUUUCAUUGCCAUCAACGGUGGCCAUGGAAACAUCGAAACCCUGGAAAAUGUCCACCAGGGAAUUGAGAUUUGGAUGCACAAGCUCAACACCGUUGACAUCUCGGACGACACAGCUACCUUCGGUGGUGGUAUCCUCUCGCAUCAGGUUAUCGAGUCCUUAUGGGCUGCCGGUAAACAGACAGUGACCGGUGUCUGUGACUGCACUGGAUUCCUAGGACCGGCUCUCGGUGGUGGCCAUGGGUACCUGCAAGGACGCCACGGCCUCAUCGCAGACAACUUUGUUUCCUUGGAAGUUGUGACUGCUGAUGGUAAGAUUCGGACCGUGACGCGAGACGGACCCGAGUCCGACCUAUUCUGGGCGAUGCAGGGCGCUGGCCACAACUUUGGCAUUGUGACCUCUGUCACCCAGAAGAUCUAUGAUGUCCCGAACAAUGGCGUAUGGUCCUUUGUCAAGCAUACCUACACCCAGGACAAGCUGGAGCUUCUCUUCCAAUACCUUAAUAUCCUAGGAUGGAAUGGACAGCGCGUUGAUGUGAUGUACUGGGCUACCAUUUCCCGCGACGCAGAAAUUGAUCCUGUCAACGAGGGCGUCGAAACCUUGGAUGCAACUGUAUCGAGGUCUUUGCUCAACUUUGCCCCUGAGAAGACUGUAACACACUCCGGCCCGUACGUCGACAUUUCUAAGUGGACAGAGUUCAACAUCGGAUCGCGGGCUUGCGACAAGGGCGACGAAGGUCCCCAAAUUGUCCGAUUCCCUCUCAACCUGAAGACCUACAACUUGGAGGCGCUGCGCCGCGCAUUCAAUGCCUUUGCUGAGGAAACCGUUGCCCACCCCGACUUCGAACAUUCGACCAUCAUGCUCGAGGGGUACUCCAACCAAGGUGUCCAAGCGGUCGAUCCCGCCUCCACCGCUUAUGCUCACCGUGAGGACACAAUUCUCGUCUCUUCUGUUAUUAUCUUCGAGAAGGAGACGGACCGGCCAGCAGCCGAAGCCUUCGGUGACCGCAUCCGCGAUAUCCUCCACGAGGGAAGCGGCGAGCCUGAGAAGCACGUGUAUGUGAACUACGCAUCUGGCGAUGAACCGCUGGAGUCUAUGUAUGGAUAUGAGCCUUGGAGACAGAGCAAGCUGUCUGCCUUGAAACGGAAGUACGAUCCUGAGAACCGGUUCGGAUUUUAUGCGCCUAUCCCGGCGGCGGACUGGUAG